AAGUUUAAAAGUGUUCUGCCAUUGUGUUGAAAUUACCCACCAUUCUUUGAAUGAUCUAAUUUUGUGUUUUGUAGAAGAAUUAAUAGGUGAGGGUGAGUAGGCCUAAAUUAUGACUUUAUUUUUGGGUGAACUAUUACUUUAAAAAGCAAUGCAUAUUGCAUAACGAAUAACACAUUCACUUCAUUUGCGCAUGAUCAAACCUCACAAUUUUGUUGUCAUAUUUUUGUUUUGUGCACUAUAAAUAAUGUAGAUUAAAGGAUGCAUUGCGCAUUCUACUGGGCUGGCAAAGAAUUCUUUCAAAUUAUAAUUGUUUCGUUGUGGCAAAACAUGUUCCAGCCAACAUUGCAUCCAACAAUGGUUUUGAAUGUGUCAGGCUUUGGUGCUCAUCAUGGCUUAUUUUUAUUACAUCAGUUAAACAAUGUACUGUAAUUGCCCUGCUUUAUGCCAUAAACACUGUUUAUGAUGUAUUGUGAUAAUUCCAUGGAUGUACAGACUGCCUUGUCAGUAAUUUUCUCAGUUAUGUGUGAACAUAAGUGCUCAUUUAGAGACCAAAAUAAAAAAAAAAAUACAAUAAAAUAAAAAACAUCUGAGGGUGUAAUGUAGUCAACAUAUUGUGCAGUGCCAUAUAGACCUGUCCAGCCUGAAUGACAGGAAUCCUCAUGAAGCAUUGCAGCCUGCAUAUAAUGAUCUUUUGCAGGAUAGUGAGUAAUUUUAUGACACUUACAAGCCAGCCACCUAUUAAAUCAGCUCAUAGAUGCACUAUACUGUUGCUAUGGCAUGGUUGAAAGUGUUCUCUUAACUUGUCAGAAGUCAAUAUGAGGGCCUGCACAUGCAUGCUUGGCACGGGAAAAAGACCAUAAUGGGGUACCGCAGUUUGAAAAAAGAAGAAAAAGAGGAAAGAAAGUGUAAUAUUUUUAGUUCCAAAUUACAACGUUGGAACUGUUGCUUUGCUCAGCCGACUGUCCGUGGACUGGAAUGGCAUGAUGGGAGCGCAGCCACUGCCAAACUCCACCCAGGUCCCCUCCCUCCUUCCCUCUGCCCUCUCCGUGCUUCUCAUCUCCCCUCUAGGCACUAAAUCGCAGACCUGGCUCCACCGCCCCUUAUUUCUGCUUCUCCCUGUCCCUCAGCUGGGUCUCACCGGCAGUGGCAGUGAAAGCCAUUCUUAACUCGAUGUGCGGUGAACCACUUUCAUUAGUUGCAUGUGAAAGAGAAAAAGACAUGUCAUCGUAAUGCAACCCUUCCGUUGGGCCUGAAUUUUUGAGGAUUGCACAACAAUUCAUCUAAGCAACCCUCCUUGAUGUGACACCAAUGUUCACAGAGUCGAGAAAACUCCUCAAAAACCAUUCUGUUCAGGUCAUAUGAGGUUUUCAUAUGAGGCGUCUGCUCCUGCAUACAAGAUUUGAUCACAUACAUGCUUUUUGUCUGUCAAAACCAAUAUAGAAGAAGCUUUGCAAAACUUUCACCUAAGAAAAUACAGUCACUCAUAUGCUUUCUCUCUGUAUAAUCCUAAAAUAUGUUCUUGCCUAGCUAAAAGUCUUUGCAAGGAGGUUUAAAAAUGUAGUCAAUUUAGUCAUUUACCUCAGAAACGGUGAAGUGUUUUGAGUCUAAAGUUUGACCCUAAGUGUCCUGGGUACCGGAUCUUCCACUACUCUGCGGGCACUGAAAGUACACAGACACAGAAGUUUGCCAUCUGCCGUGCCAAAAUACCUGGCAACUGAUGUGAAAACAACACAAGAAUCAUUUGUCUACCCUAUGUUUGAGCUCUGAAGUUUAAUGAUAAUUAUGCUAUUUUAUAUCCUUGCCACAAGCUCCUACAAUAAAUUAGAUAAUGUCUACAUCUCUUUACACCUCUUUUAAAGCAAGCAAAGGAGGGAAAAGCCCUGUUUUAGAAAUUACGAGACAAAUAACUCAAAUUAACUACGUGUAACAGAGAAUCUCAAGAUCCCAGUUAAACAGUCGUUUAAGAUUCUUUAGAAGCCAGUUCAUGAUAUAACUACUAUUCUUGGAAAGGAAACUGGCUUGCAGCAAUUGGAAGCUUGCAUGAGUAGGUUUAAAUGCUUGUUAGGAGAAAGAAAAAGUGGUGAAGUAACAAGACUGGCCGUAAGUAGAAAGUAAAGCUGUAAGUUUUAAUUAAGUACACCCAUAAAAUGUAUUUUUAAACCAAUACAUUUACUCCUAGCAAUCCAACUGGUUUUGAAGUCUUAAUAUAUACUCUCUUUUGUUCCUCUGAAGACAUUUUAGCAGCAUCUAAGCCACUUCAGAUGAUGGGGGAGGGUAUGAGAGGGUAUUGCCAAUUUGAACGCCUUGCAUGUAAUUGACGAGAAAGAAAUGGCACUCUUUAGCAGGUAUUCCAUGUCCAUUUUUAUAAGUAAGGGGAGGGGAUGGUGGAGGAUGGAUUUCAGAGGGCUUGCUAUGAAGAGCCUCAGGAUUGGUGGAUGGCGUUGUUUGGCAUGGCCCCCUGCCAAGCACUUAUGUCUUUAUAUACUGUAAACAGAUGACCGACCAGUCCCGAGUGUGUCUCUGUGUUCACCCUCUCUUUCUGGCUCUCUCCAUCUUCUCUUUCUUCCCUUCUUCAUCUUUUCUGUAGACAUUCGCUGCAUCUGUACACCCUCAAGACUUUCAACAAGACCGGGCAAAAACAGCAAACACAUCCUCCUCCAUAAAAACUCUUGAGUCACUUUUCGAGAAACCGCCAGUCAAGCCUUCAGCUGUUUGUAGUGUCGGCGUGGGAGAAAGAAACCAUGUCUCAGCAGAUGUUGCUCUUGACGGUGGCGUCCAUGUGGCUUUUUGCCGGGUACUUUCUGGCAGAGGCAACAUAUUUGAACCACCAUAUGUACAACCGCUACCGUGCGUUCAAUCACCAUGCCAACAUGGACAAUCAGCUUCCUCCAGAGGUACCUGUGGUGAAAGAAGCAGUGGUGACAGAAGCAGUGGCCCCUCGCCCGGUCAACUUCAGUCGCACCUUUUAUGGGAUCAUGUUUGAUGCUGGCAGCACCGGCACCCGUAUCCACAUUUACAGGUUCAUUCAAAAAGACCCAGUGGAGCUUCCAGUGCUUGACAAUGAGAUGUACCAUGCCGUGAAGCCUGGACUGUCAGCGUAUGCGGAUAUGCCUGAUGUGGGUGGAGAAACCAUUAGGCAGCUGCUAAAGGUGGCAAAGAAGACGAUUCCGAAAGAGCAAUGGAUACAGACACCUGUGGUUUUGAAAGCCACUGCCGGCUUGCGCCUGCUACCUCAAGAAAAAGCCAAAGCCCUGUUGGAUGAGGUCAAAGAAAUUUUUGAUGACUCCCCUUUCUUUGUGCCAAACAACAGUGUCACCAUAAUGAAUGGCACUAAUGAAGGGGUCUUGGCAUGGGUUACAGUAAACUUUCUUACAGGUCAUUUGUAUGCUAAAACAAGGAAAACUGUUGGGAUCCUGGAUUUGGGUGGCGGUUCAACUCAGAUUACUUUCCUUCCUAAGUUAAAGAAAACUGUGCUGACUGCUCCUCCAGACUACAUUGCCAAAAUCAAUAUGUUCAACAGCACUUACGCACUGUAUACUCACAGUUACCUUGGAAAUGGACUAAUUGCUGGCAGACUGGCAACUCUUGGUGCUCUUGGUGCUGAUGGUCUUGACUGGAAAGUUUUCAGAAGUUCUUGUUUGCCCAAAAAAUUCAGAGAAGACUGGAGCUUUGGUGGACUCACCUACAAAGUCAGUGGGACCCCAGAUGGUUACGCUGGGUACAAGUUGUGCUACCAAGAGGUGAUGCGGGUGGUGAAAGGGAUUGUGCACCAGCCCUUUGAGGUCAAGGGAAGCAGCAUCUUCUAUGCCUUCUCCUAUUACUUUGACAGAGCUGUGGAGUCUGGUCUCAUUGACGGAUCUCGUGGUGGUACUGUGGAAGUCAGGGAUUUCAAAAAGAGAGCCAAAGAAGUGUGCAACAAGAUGACUAAAUACCGCCCGAUCAGCCCCUUUUUGUGCAUGGACAUGACCUACAUCACGUGCCUACUGAAAGAAGGAUUCGGCUUCAAGGAUAGCACUGUUCUGCAGCUUACCAAAAAGGUGAAUAACGUGGAGACAAGCUGGGCACUCGGCGCGAUCUUCGAUCAUUUCCACAAUCUCAACAUUCAUUAAAUCCUGCAGUCUUGUGGAUACUAGCUCAGGGGGCAAGCAGGGGGAAAUCUCACCUGGUCAAGCAGUCUCCCCCCUUCCUCCUCCCCUAUAACUCCAAAGUGAGUUUCAGAUCUGUCCUGCACUGCAGCCCUGUAUCACAACGCUCUCCUCCCUCACCAACUAAACAACCAGAGAACUGUUAACAAAGAAAUCACUAUAUUUUUGUAAAGAUGGCCAGGCCAGUCUGCUAUUUCUACUGUAUGUUUACAUUUUUUUUUCCAGCUGUUGUCUCAGACCCAUUCAAAGCUCUUGAUUCAUGCUGUUGUGCAGGAUAUUGUGCAGUGGGAUACAUGUAAAAACAUUGUGUUGAGUAGUACCUUCCGUAGCUUCUUCUACAGUAAUCUGUUAUUAGUAGUGCUUGCACAGUAGUGUAGUGUUGUUUUAGGUUAUGGUGAAUUAUAUUGAAAUUUCCAUGUAAUGCCUCUUCAUCUAGCACGUAACACUUUAACGUAGCUGGUAGAGCUACAGCCAUCGGUCUAUGUUUUAGAAAGUUGUUUGGGAACAGCAACUUAAACCGGGGAUGAUUGGACAGGUAGGGAUCAGAACAAAUCAAAUAUAGUCACUUUACAUGGGCACAUGAAUGCUGUUUUACAUAUAAAUGAAAAAUGCUUGUAUUUACACAUAUCUGUUUGAAUGGUAAGUUGUUUGAGUCAAGGUGGAACAUUUUCUGAAAGAUAAUGCUUUCCGUGAAAUUCUAUAGGUGCUUUUUUAAAACCAAGGUCUAACCAGCCAUGGUUUUUAACACUGAAUGGCAUGCAGUUUAAUACACUUGCACUGCAGCCAUUAUCAAAUAUAGGUAUCCUAUAAAUGCUCAAAUAACUACUGGUCAGAGGUUAUUAAAGUAGAUUACAUUACUGUAUUUAAAGUGGUUAUUUUUACAACAUGCAAACAGAGUUUUGAGGACUUUCAACCUCAUUUGUCUUUAAACUUGGGUUAGUUAUUGUGGAUUGUUUAAGGUAGUUUUAGGGGGUCAUUGUGGAACAGCGUUAAAACAUUCCUGUUGUGUGUAUGCACAGAUGCUCAGGUGUAUUUGGGCAGAAUCAGGUCAAAUUUGUUUGUUAAACGUGACAGGUGCAUACUGCUGACAGAUUUAGGAUCAGUGUCAGAAAGCAACAGCCUUUGCUCACUUGGCAGUAUCAUGUUAAGUGUGUUUUGUGAAUUAUUGUACAAAUAUUUAUUACAUGGAUACUUGCUGAAUAUGCAGUAUGGCGUUGUUGCAUUUCUUGUUAAUCCAUCAGCUUCUUUAAAGCAGCUUCAGUAUAUCUUUAUAUGUAGUUUUUCUAUGACUGUAUAUAAACAUCAGUAAUGUAACUUUUUUUUUUUACCAAUUGUGUCAAUGUAUGACAUGAAAUUAUCAUGUAAUGCGUUGCCAUUAUUAGAGGUAUUCUCUACAGCAAAUGCUAUAAAUAUGCUUUCCAAUUCAGUGUUGUGUAUGAAGUGAUAUUGUACAUGUAUGAAUAAAAUAUAAAUAAAAAAUCUUUUGUUGAAA